AUGUUCCGGCUAUCAAAAAGGCUUUUCGCAAAAGAAUGAUUGAAAUUUUUUACUCAAGAAAAGCCAAUCCAGCUCGAUUAUAUGAGAUGUUUCAAAGAUACAUCUGAGCCAUAUAGAAUUUACUCGACCUUUCUUGUAAAAAUUACUUAGGAAUCGUAUGAAACAAAUUAUACAGACAUGAAUUGUCAAGAAUUAUUAAAAGCCCUUUCAGUAUCAAGUUAUGUUGACCGCUAUGUCAAACGAAAACUAAAAGAUCGUAGUUUUCUAUCUGAUUUUUACAUAAAAUUACACAAAAGAAUUGAAAUUGACAAAGAUAUUGAGUGGACUCCAGAAAAUAUCAUUAAUUAUUUAAAAUUUGCCAAUAAGAAUAGAGUUUAUAGAUGAAUGUUCCAAAAGAGUUCCACAGAUUAUAUAUAAUAUUUUGGCUUAAUUUCUGAUCGGCUCCCACGAGCCAAAAAUGGGUUUUCACGUGGAAUUUCUGGAUUUUCACGCGUGAAAUCCAUCUUUGGCUCGUGUGGAGCCGAUCAGAAAUUUUAGCAACUAAUUAUAAUAAAAAUUGGCUUAGAAAAAUUAAAUGAAUUUUCACUGCAAGAACUUUGCACUUUUGGAAAUCAAUGCCGAAAAUUUGAUAUUGCAGCACAUAAUAUGGUUCAAAAUACAGCUACCGAAAAAUUUAAUCAGCAAAACAGUAAAAAUUACACAGGCUUCGAUCAUUGAACGACUUAUGAUUUUAUUUGUUUAAUUCGAACAGUUUUAUUAAAAAGAGACUCAAAUUUUAACAAAAUCCCAGUUGACCAAUCAAACUUUAAUAGAGAAGCCCUAGAUGCACUUAUAAAAGCGUUUAUGAAAAAAAUGAAAUUCCCUUAUAACAGAGAUCGAUUAAUAGCUGCUGGAAAUGAAGGAUUUUCUAAUCUUAUAGGUCCAAUUAAGGCUAACAUGCUCAACUUAUUAGCAGAUAAAAUUGCAAUAGAAGUUGAUAUUGAGAAUCAAAAUGUGUCUAGUUUCGAGUUUUCACAGCCAGACAGAUUGAUACAAGUACUUACUCCCUUCCAUCCUUGAUCGAACGACUCGCCAUGGUUCGAUCAAGGAUGGAGGUUAAAAAAAAUUUUUUUGGGGAAAAAAAUUUAUAUAUAUAUAUUUAUUUUAUUUAAUUUUAAAUAAGAGGGUUAAGAGUAUUUAAUAAUUUUUUUACAGCAAAAAAUUGAAUAAUUUCAUAAAAUACCAAUUUUUAAUAUUUUGAUUUAUUGGUUUACCUUUUAAACUUAUAAUUUUAAUUUGUUCCUUAUUGAAUUAAAUUUUUUUUUUUUUAAUUUUAAAGAAUCUCUAUUUUUUUAGAUUAUUGAGGUUUUAAGCCCAGGUUGAUGGCUAAAUCACUUCGGAUGGUUGAUUCCGCAGCUUUCUGUCGUCUCAAAGCUCUAAAAACAACUUCAUUAGGUGCAUCUUCCCAAGCUUUUGAUAACUAAUAUAUUUUUAUAUAUAUAAAAAUUUGAAUGAUAUGAAAAAUCGUUCGAUCAAGGAUGGGGGAGAGUUAGAAAUUUUGAUUACAAGCAUAGCAGAGGAAAAGAUCUCUUUUAUCAAAUUACCACAAAGAUUUUCGUUUCACAUAUAUUCAACAAAAGUAAUAUUGUGCAGUCAAUUAAAAGCCAUUCAAUAUUUCAUUUCAUCAAUACUUACUUAGAAGUUGCAGCAAAAUUCGAAAUUUUCCAAUUAGUCUUCCUUGAUCUUAUAGUCUCUGAAAUGCAGAAAGGACUAAAUAAUCCAAGGGCUGAAAUUGAAAUGGAAAAUUUAUGCAGGUUUAUGCACUAUUUAGCUAUAUUGAACUACCCAGACAGAUUUAAUUCUACUAUGCCUCACACAGAACACCAGCUGGAAAUAUGGCAAAAUGUGUUAGAAAAGUCUGAAGAGUUGCUUUUAAAGUCUUUAAGUGAAAUCAAAGAAAAUGAAGAAUUAGAAAAAGAAGAAGAGGAAAGUGACAAUGAAGAUGACUCAUAUUCAGGACUAAUACUUGAGUACUUAUGGGCCUACUGCGUUUUUGAUAGAUAUUCAAAGCCUUUGAUUGAAAAAUGCAUUUCUGCUUCAGUAUUAAAUCCAGAAGAAUUGCAAGGGGAAAAAAACCAUAUUAUGAUGCAGCAAAUAAGUAUAUGGUUGAAGCAUGAGCAUGGAAAUGAGUAUUGCUUUAGUAGGGGUAUUACCGAUAAAAUGGCUGAUUUUAAAUAUAAUUAUGAUAAGCAAGAACAUAAGUCAGAAAAUAGCCCAUUAAAAGAAGCAAUAAAGACAACUUUGCAAUUAAAGAAAAUCGAUUUUAUAGAAAAUCAUAGCGAAUUUCCUUAUGUUUUUGAUUUUGCUGUCAAAAAAACUAAAAAAGGUUUGAUGAUUGGUGAUGAAAGUUCGUUUUUAGAAGGAAGCGAUGGAAUUAUUAAAUCAGGGUUUAAUAAAGUAAUGGAUAGGCAAUUGAAUCAAAUUGGAUGGGACGCAAAGAAAGUUGACUUAAAAACUUGGCUAAAAAUUGGGAAAACAGAUAUUUUUACUUAA